AGUUUAACCCUCCUGCCAAUCCAGAGGCAACCACAAUAUUCCAGAGGAACUCUCAAACAGAUGGUAUCUACUGUGCGUUUCAGUCAACAAUACAGCUCAUGUUCAACAAUACUCCUUGAUGACAACACAGCCAGCCAGCCUUAUCUUACAAUGACAAUAAUAUCAGAUGCAGAUGGAUCUUUGAGCAUAUUUGGUGAACAGUUAUACUCAUUUACGGUGGAGUCUCUCUCUGUAGCCCAGGCUGGAGUGCAGUCAUGUGAUCUCGGCUCCCUGCAGGCUCUGCCUCCCAGGUCCCUGUUCAAGCAGAAACCUGAACCAAAUGAACAAGUUCAACAUCAUCAGUAAGAAGAACUAUCAGUGCCAUAACUCUGAUGGAAUGCACGGGGAAGGAUUCCACAUCAUUUUUGUACUGUAAUGGCCAAAAGUGCAUAACUUCAGUCCAGUCAUGGAAAUACAUCAGACAAACCCAAAUCGAGGAACAUUUGACAAAUACUGAUCAGUACUGGUUCAAAGUGUCACGGUUAGGAAAGAUAAGGAAAGACUGAGGGACUGUCACUGCAGUCCUACAAAAUGGCAAGAGACUAAGAAAUA